CGAGUGCCUCUGGUCAACCAUCCGCCAGCAUCUCACCAUCCUCACCCUCACCCAACCUCUCCUCUCUUUCCCCACUCAUACUCUACUUCACGCAGCCAUGAAGGGAAAGAAGCUGGCUCUGGGCCUGGCGCAUCUUAUUGGCCCGCACAGAGCUGAUGAUCGCAUGCCCACUGCAAACCCCCUCCAAAGUCCACCGCCGUCACCGUAUCCUGGACGUCGCGCUCCUCUGUCCACAAAGGUCGAGUCGGAUCUGCGUACAGCCUGUGCCGGUGUUCUUGUCAAUACCAAGCCUUCGCACCACUACGUCCCACCAGAAGCACAAUUGAGCGCCACCAGCGAGCCCAAGCCAGCACUCGAUUAUGAAGCCAUCAAGAGAUCCGCAUCCACGCGCAAGUCCCAAGACUCGCGUCCUUUCCCACCGCGUACCGAUUCAGCAGAUGAUAAACAUCCCGUCAAAUAUGCAUACCGUCCAGACGCUGCCGUUGAUCAGCUCUUCACAAAGGCCGAUGCUGCUAUUGAUCCCGUCCAGGCUGUCUUGGGCAAGAGCAAGUAUGACACACCCAUGGGAAGCCGUACCAAGACUCCGGUGCCCAUCAAUGUUGUUUCUCCCACUGGGGAUGGCACCGCACGACCUCGGGUUUCUAAGCGUUCUCUCUCUGGCGAGACGAAUGGCUCUACUCCGCACACAGACCUGACCGAGUAUACUUGGACUUCUACCGCCCCUACAUCCGCCGCCAUUACACCAGCCCGUGCCUCGAAAAGAGCCUCUUCGCACAUGCCCUUCGAGCAAGACGUACCCAUCAAGGCGGACGCGAAUGCCAUCGAGUGGAUGCGCAAUGAACUCGAGCGUCGUCGUCAAAAACAAGCUGCCCAGGAAGAACAAACUGCCGCACUACCGCCAUUAUCUCGCCCCCCUAGCAGAGCACGAAGCAUUCGAAGUCUUCGUGACAACAUUAAAGAAUACAUCCGUCCCAGCAGUGCUGGAGGUCCUAGCAGAGAUCCUAGUCGGCCACCUAGCAGGUCACAAUCACGCGCAUCUCUUCGAUCAGAUUCAAAAUCACGAGAUCCAGAUGCGCGUGGUGGUUGGCGAAGUUGGGGACGUACUUUGAAGAAGGAAAAUGCACAAACAGACGUCAGCAGAUCCAACUCGGCAAGAGGGAGAAGCGAUGGUUUGAAACGCUCAGGCUCCAAAAAGUCGCAGAUUGAUUUGAACCGCGAGCUGCCUCCGCUUCCCAGUCUUGAUCAAUGGAAAGAGGCAGAAAUUGCGAUACCGACACGACCUGCACCUCAAGCUCCAGUACAGAGCUAUCGCCCGGCCAAGUCUGACCAUAGCAGAGGUCAAAAGUCAGUCGACAGCGCGAUGAGCGAAAAGGACGAAAUCAUUGCCGCUCGUCUUGGCUCGCCCGUCAGGGAGAAGCCAGAGGUAUACAUGCCAACUCGCUCUCCGAGAUUUUCUGCAGCCACAAAGAUGCCAAAUCUGGGUUCUGCCUACACCAACGAUCAUGUUGUAUCAUCUGGCCUUCGCAGCAAAUCAGCUGGCCCGGCUCAUAUCAGAGAUCCGAUAUCAACUGUACCAACCAUAUCUUCCCACCAUGCAGGAGAUUCAACAAGUACUAGUCAUUCAAGAUUGAGAUCUCCAAGCAACCCUGCCUUCUCCAACACCAUCCCUGGAUUCUCUCAACAUCGCAAUUACGACAGCUCCAACAUACCGACACCCCUCGGCAGCAUCAGCAGCAGUUCUACCGGUAAAAAAACAGAUAAAGCAACCAGCAAAGACAAACAUGAUCGCAAAUACCGGCACGUCAUGAAAACUCGCUCUCCACCACCUGUGCCGCCAAAGGAAGCGGGUGACAAAAAGGCAUGGUGGAACCUAAAAGCAAAGAGCAAGAAGCAACCACCGGGAUGGAUGGAGCAACUCGAAAAAAUGGGCGUCAAGGAUGGCGUUUUGGUGCCUGACGAGGCAUGCGGUUCUCCUCAUAUCCGUUAUUAGAAGGAUAUAAAGGGCAUGCCAGGGCUUUAUGGAUUUAUGACGACAAAUCACUCUACUUUAUUUAUUUUCUAGUUUGGCGUUUGGGGAGCUCCUUUAGCAUAUC